AUGGUGGAAUUUAGCUCGUCGAAACCUACAUGCGAGAAAGAGAGAAACGUGACAUAUAUUUGCAAUUUUAUACCAGAAUCUAUUCCUAAAGGAAUUGAGAACGUGCACUUAAAACUGGAAGUAUUAGAUGAUAUUGCAUUAAACAGUACUACUUUCGUAUCUAGUGGUUGGGAUAAUGUAAAGCUUUUAGAACUGCGAGCUGACUUAAUUUGUUUCGGAGAUUUAUAUUUACAAAAUAACUGUUUUAAAGGACUGAACAGAUUGCAUGAAUUAAGGUUACAUAUAUUAUGCUACGUUUUAAUGUUUCCAAAAACAUUCAUUGGACUAGAUGAGCUGGAAACUUUGAACAUGAGCGGCAGUGUCAGAUUCCACUGGAAAAGUUUAAUACCAGCGCUCAAUGGAUCAAACAAACUACCUAGACUUUCUCAUCUGAUUCUGUCAAACUGUUCUGUAUAUAACAGUCCAUUUCUUAUUGAUGACAAGUUCGUGCAAGUUCUCCAGACCAAGAAAAUAUCGUAUUUAGAUCUUAGUAGUUUGCAACUUGCUUACCUUAAUCUCACAGCGCUACUUAAAAAACUAAAGUACUUGGAAGUGUGUAACGCAUCAUACAGUACAAUUAGUGAUUUUUACUAUAAGAGCUUAGUACAAGAUGACUUGAAAUAUGUCAAGACUCUUGAUUUAAGCUAUGCUGCUCUUCCAAAAAAGGUAUUUCCUUUAGGAAAACUUACAAUAUCAAAUGCCAGUUUCAAUUUCUCCGAGUCCCGAGUUAACAACACUAAAGUGUUGUUUUCGCCAGACACUGUGAAUAUCAGUGGAAUUGUCCCACAUUUAGCAACCAUUUGGAUUAGAAAUUGCACUGUUACACUUGAUGAAAGUCCCGACUACUUAACAAAUGAAUUAAUCUUUCGAAAGAAUAAUUUGAAGCGACUAGAUUGUAGACUAACAUGCGGACAGUUUUCUUUUUCUUCGUUAAAAGCAGUUGAUAUAUCUGACAACGGGUUACAAUUCAUACACCCAGAGUUGUUAUCAUGUUUACCGAAUCUCCAGAAAAUAGACUUAUCCACAAAUCAGUUGGUGAAAAUGACCCAAGAGAGUCCACUUUUGUUUGAAAAGUUGUUUUCACGGUUGAAGUCUUUGAGAAACAUUAACUUGUCUAGAAAUGAACUUACAAUGGUUCCCAUGAAAAUGUUCAAGAACAACAAAGAAAUUGAAGUGGUUAAUUUGUCGAACAACAAACUGGAACAAGUGCAUUUUAUUUUGACAGGACUUAAGAUGCUAAGAGCUGUAAACUUGCGAGGGAAUCAAAUUCAUACAUUAGAUCAAAUCUCAACUGAUAUUUUAAAUGGUAUUCUAAAAAGAAAGUCCACAGGAGAACCGCGUGUCACCGUUAAUUUGAAUGCCAAUCCUUUUUCCUGUUCUAAAUGUGAAACAAAACGAUUUCUCUCUUGGCUUAUAUCAGCAAACCUUGUCGAUGUACCUUCACAGACACUAAAGUGUUCUAAUGAAAAAGGAUUGUCAGAAAAAAUCACUGAAGAGACACUAGAUGAGGUAGAGAAGAUAUGUGAAAGGAAAACAAUCAUCAUCAGUACAAGUGUUUCAGCUGCAGUUAUCGUUGUUGUGUUAGUCUUGGCACUCUUAAUAUUUUACCUACAAAGGCAACAUAAACGCAAAUUACUAAACAGGACAAAUCUUAUUAACUUGUUAAGGAAAGGUGAGGGCAGUUACGAAUUUGUGGUCUUUCUUUCAUUUAGUAACGAUGAUGAAGACUUUGUAAAUACAUAUAUUCUAAAUCCGCUGAACGAAAACCUUCAGUUGAUGACAGGUAUUGAUAGAGAAUUAGUCUGUACCGGUGAUCGGCACUUCCGCCCUGGUUUCUAUGUACACAAUGAAGCAUACAGGGGACUGGACACAACGUCUGUUAUGGUUGUUGUUGCUUCUAAAAAUUUCUGUCGAAGUUCGUACUGCCAAAUUGAACUUGACCAGGCUUACGUCAAGAAAAAACCAAUUAUUCUCAUGUUUAUUGAACAUAUUGACCGGGAAAAUAUGAUACCUACACUAAAGGAAUUAUACCAAAGAAAUGUUAGAGUACUUUGGACAGUAGAAAAUGGUGAAUACAAAAUGAAAACAACAUGGAACAAUGUUUGUACCUCUAUUCUGGACUUGAUACAAAAAUAA